ACUGAUCCUUUCCUCCGUCACCUCUUCCAUGUCUGCUCUGAGCUCUUCCUUCAGCUCUCCUCCGUCCUCUUUUUAUCCGUCUGUCUUCUCUUUGCUGUGUAUCCAGCCUUUUACAGCGCGGCGCCGCUCACCUCGGCAGGCAUCAUCCCCAUCAUGCAGUCGCUGUGCCCUGAUGGACAGAGGGAUGAGUUUGGAUUCCUGCAGUACAAGAACUCGACAGUGACUCAGCUGCUGGAGCGCAUCAGCGAAGUGGUGGAACAGAACCGCCUCUUCACCUCUGACAGACCGGAUUUGGGCCAAGACCUGAAGACUCUGCAGCAGCGCCUGGAGAGUCUCAGUGCUGCAGCGUUACCACCUGAGUACAACUUCAGCAGCAGCCAAGGUUUUACUCUGGCUGCUGUGAUGAAGAACCAGCAGGAGGUCCAGCGCUUCCUGGUCCAGAACCUCUCCCUGUCUGACUCCAGCGCCCGUACUCUCCUCCACAGUCCAGUCAGCCUCCAACAGGUCUACAGUCUCGUCUUCGGAGCUUCGCUCAAAGACAGCGGAGGGAGCAACAGCAGGAGUCAUGGACCAAAGGGCAUCAGUCAGAGCAAAGUUCUGCAGGUUAAGGAGAAGCUGCUGGGAGGAGUUCAGAGUCUGGAUGGAGGCCUGAUACACAAAGCUCUACAUGAUCCAACUAAAGCCGCCCACAGAAAGGUUCUGGUCCAGAUGAUGUCCUGGGCGCUAGGCCUGACUGCCGCCUCAGACAGCCAGAGGGAGCAUCUUCAGGGGGUUCAGGAGCUGGAGGGAGUUCUCCUGACUGGAUCCAUGCUGGAGUUCCUCACCUGUGGGGAAGGGGGUGCCACUGAGCUCAGGAAGAUUCUGUUGGUGCCUGAGACGCAGCAGGCUGCACUGCAGUCGUACCGCAGUGUGAUGUGCAGCGGGGAGGAGGGUCAAAGGUCAGAGCGCUUCAGGCAGCUGAGCCAGGAGCUCAGAGAACAGAUCGACACACAGAGUGUCGCUGACAAGCUUCAUCUGGAGCAGCCCGGCUACCUGCCCCCCCUCUCCCAGUCCCACCUGGGCGCUCUGUUGAGGGAUUUGGCUGAUGUAGAGAGGCUCCUAAAGGAUGUGGACCUGCUCUCUGGGCUGGCCCGCCUGCUGCUCAAAGGAGCCUGCGCCGGUCAAAACCCGCUGUCCCCAGCCAACGGGACAUGGCCCCUCAACACGACUGCAUGGAGCUCCAACACCACCGACGCUCCCAGGGAGGAUGGAGAGGAGACAGGGGAGGGAGGCGGAAAGGCCAAGGCGGAGGAAGAAAACCCUCACUCUCAGUUUUCGGCUUUCGUCCAGCUGUGGGCGGGGCUACAGCCCAUCCUGUGUGGGAACAACAGGAUCAUUGAGCCUGAAGCGCUGAAGCAGGGGAACAUGAGCUCACUGGGAUUCACCAGCAAGGAACAAAGGAAUCUGGGCCUACUUGUUCAUCUGAUGACUGCAAAUCCCAAGAUCCUCUACUCCCCCAUUGGCUCUCAGGUGGACAAAGUCAUUCAGAAAGCAAAUGAGACGUUUGCGUUUAUUGGGAAUGUGACACAUUACACCCGUGUUUGGCUGAACAUCUCAGCCCAGCUGAGGACCUUUCUGGAAGAGGGCCGACUGCAGAGCCAUCUGUUGUGGCUCGAGCAGCUGUCAUCGGAGCUCCAGCAGCAGCCGAACCUGUUGAACGGCACAGACAGCGAGCUGAUUCAGACUCUGAUGAUGGGAAACUACUCUCUGCCAAACACAUCUGCCCUGCUGGAGCAGCUGGAUACCAUCGACAACGCUGCCUGUGGCUGGACACGCUUCAUGUCAAAGGUCAGCGUUGACGUCUUCAAAGGCUUCCCUGAUGAGGACAGCAUCGUCAACUACACCCUGAGUCAAGCCUACCAGGAUAAUGUGUCGGUGUUUGCCAGUGUGAUUUUCCAGACUAACAGGGACGGUUCUUUGCCACCUCAUGUUCAGUACAAAAUAAGGCAGAACUCCAGCUUCACAGAGAAGACGAAUGAAAUAAGAAGGGCGUACUGGCGACCCGGACCCAACACAGGGGGGAAAUUCUACUUCCUUUACGGCUUCGUCUGGAUUCAAGACAUGAUAGAGCGAGCCAUAAUCAACACAUUUGUUGGCCAUGAUGUGGUGGAGCCUGGGAACUAUGUCCAGAUGUUCCCUUACCCAUGUUAUACCAGGGAUGACUUCCUGUUUGUGAUUGAACACAUGAUGCCUCUCUGCAUGGUGAUCUCCUGGGUUUACUCCGUCGCCAUGAUGAUUCAACACAUCGUAGCAGAGAAAGAACAUCGACUCAAAGAGGUAAUGAAAAUGAUGGGCCUGAACAAUGCAGUCCACUGGGUGGCCUGGUUCAUCACCGGCUUCGUCCAGCUCUCCAUCUCCGUCACCGCUCUCACCGCCAUCUUGAAGUACGGCAGGGUGCUGCUCCACAGUGACCCGCUCAUCAUCUGGCUCUUCCUGACCAUCUACGCCGUGGCCACCAUCAUGUUUUGUUUCCUGGUAUCGGUGAUCUACUCCAAAGCGAAGCUAGCUUCAGCCUGUGGAGGAAUCAUCUACUUCCUCAGCUAUGUGCCCUACAUGUAUGUAGCAAUCAGGGAGGAGGUGGCCCACGAUAAGAUCACUGCCUUUGAGAAGUGUAUUGCUUCCCUAAUGUCCACAACAGCCUUUGGUCUGGGCUCUAAGUACUUUGCUCUGUAUGAGGUGGCUGGUGUGGGCAUCCAGUGGCGCACCAUCAGCCAGUCUCCAGUAGAGGGCGACGACUUUAACCUGAGCCUUUCCAUGAUGAUGCUUAUCAUUGAUGCUGGGGUUUACGCAGUGUUAACCUGGUACAUAGAAGCUGUUCAUCCAGGAAUGUAUGGGCUGCCCCGCCCCUGGUACUUCCCCCUGCAGAGGUCCUACUGGUCAGGCAGUGGACGUGUUGAGACCUGGGAUUGGCCCUGGUGUGGAGGGGGGGCUCCACGGCUAAGUGUGAUGGAGGAGGAUCAAGCGUGUGCCAUGGACCAGCGGAGGUCUGAGGAGAUGCGGGGCAUGGAGGAGGAGCCGACCCACCUGCCUCUGGUGGUCUGCAUAGACAAACUCACCAAAGUGUACAAGACUGGCAGCAAACUGGCCCUCAACAAGCUGAGCCUCAACCUCUACGAAAACCAGGUGGUCUCCUUCCUGGGACACAACGGAGCUGGGAAGACAACAACCAUGUCCAUCCUGACCGGCUUGUUUCCUCCAACCUCUGGCUCUGCCACCAUUUAUGGCCACGACAUCCGGACUGAAAUGGAGCGGAUCCGUCAGAACCUGGGCAUGUGUCCGCAGCACAAUGUUCUGUUUGACAAGCUGAGCGUGGAGGAGCACCUGUGGUUCUACUCCAGGCUCAAGGGCAUGGCGGAGGAGGACAUACGCAAGGAGAUGGACAAGAUGAUUGUGGACCUGGAGUUAUCCAACAAGCGCCACAGCUUGGUCCAGACAUUGUCAGGAGGGAUGAAGAGGAAGCUGUCCGUGGCCAUUGCCUUUGUCGGCGGCUCCAGGGCCGUGAUCCUGGAUGAGCCCACAGCAGGGGUGGAUCCUUAUGCCCGCAGGGCCAUCUGGGACCUCAUCCUGAAGUACAAACAGGGCCGGACCAUCCUGCUCUCCACCCAUCAUAUGGAUGAAGCCGACCUUCUGGGAGAUCGCAUCGCCAUCAUCUCGCACGGCAAGCUGACGUGCUGUGGAACACCUCUGUUUCUGAAGAGCACCUAUGGAGACGGGUACAAACUGACUCUGGUCAAGAAGCAAAGAGAAGGCAGAGGCCAGGGCAGCCAGCCGAAGCCUCCCUCCUCCUCAUCGUCCCCUUCCUCUGCGCUGUCGCCCUGCUCAGAAGCUCGGGUCACCCGGUUCAUUCAGAAGUUUGUGGCAUCCUGCUUGUUGGUGUCUGACUCAAACACGGAGCUCUCCUACAUCCUGCCCUCCGAGUCCGUCAAGAAGGGCUGCUUUGAGAGGCUUUUCCAGGCUUUGGAGCAGAGCCUGGCCAGCCUGGCGCUCACCAGCUUUGGAGUGAUGGACACCACAUUAGAGGAGGUGUUUCUCAAAGUCUCUGAGGAGGACCAGUCUAUGGAUAACAGUGACGCUGAGAUGAAGAGCUCUCCUGGGGGCAGCUCUUUGGGGAAACUCUCCGCAGGAUCAGAAGUCCAAUCUGGACCACAGCCUGAGACCGAACCUUCGGUGCAGAAUGAGAAGUCCGAGGUUGAACUGAGCAAUCUGGUGCAAAGUUCCAGGCUCAGCCAGAGCCAGGCUUCCCUGAGGUCCUCCUCCUCGGUGGGCUCCGUGCGUGGAGAUGAAGGAGGGCUGUAUGCAGACUUCUAUGGAGAUUAUUGCCCUCUGUUUGAAAAUGGCCAGGAGUCAGACUCAGCCAGCCUGAGAGGCGAUGCAGAGAAUCCCUCAGAACCAGAGGUUCUAGAAGGUCAGGGGAGCUUCAAGCUGGAGGGCUGGUGGCUGAAGCUCAGUCAGUUUCAUGGCCUCAUCAUAAAGAGGUUCCACUGUGCCAAGAGGAACACGAAGGGCCUUUUCUCUCAGAUCCUUCUACCUGCUUUCUUCGUCUGUGUUGCUAUGACUGUGGCCCUAUCGGUUCCAGAGAUCGGAGAUCUGCCGCCGCUGAUCUUAUCUCCCUCUCAGUAUCAUAAUUACACGCAGCCCAGAGGCAACUUCAUUCCCUACGCCAAUGAAGACAGACCCCAGUACAGGAGUAAGCUUUCACCAGAUGCCCGUCCACAGAAGAUCAUCAACACCCUCCGUCUCCCCUCGGGUGUGGGGGCAACAUGCAUCCUCAAGACUCCCUUUAACAGCACCCUGGACCAGCUAGCCCAGACCCUCAACCCCAGUGCCAACGACUCCAAGACUCUGGCUGCCCAGUACUUUGACUCCAUGUGUCUGGACUCCUUCACCCAGGGGGUCCCUCUGUCCAACUUCGUCCCCCCACCACCUUCCCCAGCUCCUUCAGAUGAUCCAGACCCUCGUUUUGUUGAUGGGUUAUGGAACUUUACUGUUGCCCCUCCAACCACUGUACACGAGCCUGUCACAUCUCCUCCCACCCUCCCGCUGUCCAUCCAUGAGCCAGUCCGAUGCACCUGUUCGAUGCAGGGCACCGGCUUCUCCUGCCCCAGUGGGGUUGGAGGACGCCCCCCUCUCAUGAAAGUGGUGACAGGGGACAUCCUGGUGGACAUCACAGGACGAAACGUCUCAGAGUAUCUGCUCUUCACCUCAGACAGAGUGCGGCUCCACAGAUACGGAGGUUUAACUGUGGGGAACAUCCAGAAAUCCAUCCCUGCUUCCUUUGGGAGGAACAUUCCUCCAAUGGUUCGUAAGAUCGCAGUACGCAGAUCAGCUCAGGUCCUGUACAACAACAAAGGCUACCACAGCAUGCCCACCUACCUGAACGUCCUGAACAACGCCAUCCUGCGCGCCAACCUGCCUGCCUCCAAAGGAAACCCAGCUGCUUAUGGUAUCACACUGACCAACCACCCAAUGAAUCGAACCAGUGCCAGCCUUUCUUUGGACUACCUGCUCCAAGGCACAGAUGUGGUGAUCGCCAUCUUCAUUAUUGUCGCCAUGUCCUUUGUACCUGCAAGCUUUGUGGUUUUCCUGGUUGCAGAGAAAUCCACUAAAGCCAAACACCUGCAGUUUGUCAGCGGCUGUGACCCUGUCAUCUAUUGGUUGGCCAACUAUGUCUGGGACAUGCUGAACUACCUGGUACCCGCCACAUGCUGCGUUAUCAUUCUGUUUGUGUUUGACCUGCCGGCCUACACAUCACCAACCAACUUCCCUGCCGUUCUCUCCCUGUUUCUACUCUAUGGGUGGUCCAUUACCCCCAUCAUGUAUCCAGCAUCCUUCUGGUUUGAAGUUCCCAGUACAGCCUAUGUCUUCCUCAUCGUCAUUAACCUCUUCAUAGGCAUCACUGCAACCGUGGCCACAUUCCUCCUGCAGCUCUUUGAGCAUGACAAGGAUCUGAAGAGAGUCAACAGUUACCUGAAGUCCUGCUUCCUCAUCUUCCCCAACUACAACCUGGGACACGGCCUGAUGGAGAUGGCCUACAACGAGUACAUCAACGAGUACUAUGCCAAGAUAGGUCAGUUUGACAAGAUGAAAUCUCCGUUUGAGUGGGAUAUUGUGACUCGAGGACUCGUUGCUAUGACGAUUGAAGGCUUCGUCGGCUUUCUCAUCACCAUCCUUUGCCAGUACAACUUCCUGAGGAAACCUCCGAGGGUCCCGGUCAGCUGCCAGCCGAUUGAUGACGAUGACGUAGAUGUUGCCAGUGAGAGAGAAAGAGUGCUGCGCGGCGACGCCGACGGCGACAUGCUGCAGAUCGAGAACCUGACAAAGGUAUAUAAGUCCAGGAAGAUGGGUCGCAUCCUGGCCGUGGACCGCCUGUGUCUGGGCGUCCGGCCUGGAGAGUGCUUCGGACUUCUGGGAGUGAACGGAGCAGGAAAGACCAGCACUUUUAAGAUGCUGACAGGAGAUGAGUGCACUACAGGAGGAGAGGCUUUCAUCAAUGGAAACAGUAUCCUGAAGGACCUGCUACGUGUUCAGCAGAGCAUCGGCUACUGUCCUCAGUUUGAUGCUCUGUUUGACGACCUAACUGCCAGGGAGCAUCUGCAGCUCUACACUCGCCUCCGUGGGAUUCCCUGGAAGGACCAGGGGAGGGUUGUGCAGUGGGCUUUAGAAAAGCUGGAGCUCUCAAAGUAUGCAGACAAACCCGCCGGCACUUACAGCGGAGGAAACAAGCGCAAGCUUUCCACAGCUAUUGCUCUGAUCGGAUACCCGUCUCUUAUCUUCCUGGAUGAGCCCACCACUGGCAUGGACCCUAAGGCCCGCAGGUUCCUCUGGAAUUUAAUCCUUGAUAUCAUCAAAACCGGGCACUCUGUUGUUCUCACGUCACACAGCAUGGAGGAAUGUGAGGCUUUGUGCACCCGACUGGGAAUUAUGGUAAAUGGGAGGUUUAAAUGUCUGGGCAGCAUCCAGCAUCUGAAGAACAGGUUUGGAGAUGGCUACAUGAUAACUGUGAGGACCAAAAGCAGCUCCAAUGUGAAGGAGGUGGUACGAUUCUUCAACAGAAACUUCCCAGAGGCCAUUCUGAAGGAGCGCCACCACACCAAGGUCCAGUACCAGCUGAAGUCUGAGAGGAUCUCCCUGGCUCAGGUCUUCAGUAAGAUGGAGCAGGUGGUGGAGGUCCUGGGCAUAGAGGACUACUCCGUCAGUCAGACCACGCUGGACAAUGUGUUUGUUAACUUUGCCAAGAAGCAGAGCGACAACCUGGAGCAGCAGGACGUGUUGGCCCCUGGUGAUGGGCAGUCCCCCUUGCAGCGCCUCUUUAGCUUCCUGAAGGUUCGGCCUGCCAACACAGAGCUUAAUGCUCUGAUCAGCGAGGAACCAGAGGAGCUGGAGAGCGAUGAUGAUGAAGGACUCAUCAGCUUUGAGGAGGAAAGGGUGCAGCUCUCCUUCAACACAGACACCCUCUGUUAGAAGCGGACCUCGGGAGCAGAGAGACUGAACCGAUCCCACUUUGUUGGACCAAUGAGGCCUAGAGAGCGAGCAGAGGGGAUCCCUGACCAGAACUCUCCGUCUUGGGGAGCGGUUUGAUCCUGAAGCUCUGCAGGCAGAGAGGCAGCCGCAGGAUGGACGAUCCUUCCAUCCAGUUUAUCUGAGAAUGUAUGAGAUGCUGCACCUGAAGCAGCGGAGGAACCAGAACCCUUUCCACUAAACUCAGAGAGCAUGCAGUCUGAUGGGAGAUCUCUUCCCCCAGCAGCAGGUUUAGAGAGGAGCUUUCUGGCGUCUGACCCCAGAGGCCAUCCGCUCCGCCUGGUCGGCGUCGUCCUUCUAUGAACUUGCUCCAACGUCGUGUUUCUUCAUUGUCUUUUGUGCUUUAAACUUUUCAUCAUUUUGUGCACUUGAAGUUUGUUUCUGUAAAGAUAUGUAGAAAAGUCCAGGAGGAGACGACUCCACCAUCACUGUGACACCAAAACCAACCCAGCCCACAGGACUGACCACCAGAACCAACCUGUUUAUUAUUUAGAAGAUCAUCAACUAAGGUUUAUGUAAAUGUUAAAAGAAAACAAGCUUCUGGAUAUGUGUCGGCAUGAAAAUGGAAUAUCUGCUGAGGUUCUGUUGCAAUGUGUUUCUUCCUCAUCCCCCAGGCGUCGCUAAGCUGGCUGAUGAUGGUACCGUUAGACUGGAUCCUGAUUCAGCUUGUUUUAAACCGGUACCAGCUGAGUCUGAUGUUCACUUUUUCCUAUUAAUAAAACAAUCAGGAAUCAGUGUAGUUCCUGGUUCCCUAUGAAUGUAAAAAUAUAACAAUAUUCCGUUUAAGCAGAACUGAACCUGAAUCCAGAAGCUGGGCCCAGAGGCGGUUCUAGACGGGGGGCCAACAGGGGUCUGUGCCCCUAUAGAACUAGUCCUGGCCCCUUUUAUGGGCCCUGUUCUGAAAACACACACAACGAAACAGAUGCAAUUGGCAGAUGCAAUUAUUAAAAAAAUAUACUUUUUAGAUCGGUUUUUGCAGUAUAACUAAAUAAAUUUGUGAUGAUCAUAUGUGAUGAAAGAUGAGACUAACUGAUUUGUACCUUGGACCAAUUGGAUAUUUUGCCUGGACAGCUUACUUUAACAAUUAUUUAGAAAUUGCAGCUUUAGCUUCACCUGCUCUGAGAAAUGAUCACAGUUUUUAUCUUUUAGAUCAAGUGUGCAACCUGAAUUUUAUGGCUCAUUUAUAAUACUAAAAACUCUCAUCCUAGGAUUUUUUUUUCUUUAGUUCUAUAUACCUACCCCGCCCAAAAAAACAACAAUGGCCCCAUCAUGUCCGCUUGAUAUAUUUUGUCUAGAACCACCAAUGGCUGGGUCCAUCCUCACUGCUGCCAUGGCAACCAGCUGAAAGAUUCAGGUGUGUUUUAACUCACUGCCAUCAUCUUUCACCGUAGAGGUCCUGCACAGAACCUGGGUGAAAGGUAAGGAUCCGUAGAGAUGAGGAGGAGCUGCUUUCAGCGCUUCUGGAUUUAUCUUCGGUUUCUGUCAUCAUGCCAUCGUCAGGAACCAGAACCAAGCCAAAAUAAAGGGGAUCAGAUCCAUUUAGAGACCAGAUCAUUUCUGUUUAGUCUAAAAAAUAAACGUAAGACUUGAUCGACUCGGCAGGAUCAGUAAUUCAUGUCACCAGCAGCAGAUUUAUGCAAUCCUUUCAAAUCUGGAGUUAACAUGACUCAGCAGGUUGUGGUCUGGAGGAUGUUUCCAUGGCAGCAGCAGCAUUAUUAUUCUACUGUAACGAUCCAUCUCUUUAGAGAUUGACUGGAGGAAACUGUUCUUCUCAGAAAUUUUGAUUCUUUUUCUUUUGGGUUGUUGUCCUGUUUUCACACCAGUGCAUCCAUGUACAGACGGCUCAGAUGUUCCUAAUAAAGCUUUAUGUGAGCAUAAAUUCACCCAGGAAAGAGA